CUGCAGAAAAUUAUGCCAAACAGAUCGGGAUAAAGACCUGGAGUCAAAGAACUGGGUACUCCAUCCGGAUGAUAACCUAGGACUCUGUCAGUGUGUGUUUUGAAACUCGCUGUUUAAGAGGAAGUUAUCUGCAGUAGGAAGAAGAAAACGGGAGAACCCAGAACAAAUCUGCUGGCGAAAAGUGUCUGCACCGCCUCCUGUAAGUAGAAUUGGGAGUAACAUCAGACUACAGUAGGGCAUCCACAGAGAAGGAGGUCUUCCAGGAGGAUUGUGAAAAAACCAUUAAAAACACCCCUGAUGUUUAAUGAGUCCUCCAACAUGAAAUUACGCAUGAACAAUCAAAAAGACAUCAAAACGUUUCAAAUCUUAUGUGCAAUUUUGAUGCUUGGUCUUGUUGUCCUGAUGGCCGUUUACUUCAUAAGAGUGGACAGGAUAACUGAUCCUAAAGGAGAAGAAGCUGUUAUCAGCCUCUAUAAAGAGGUGGAGGAGGAAGAAAGACUCUAUAAAGAUGUCCUAGGAACGAGAAUAAUUGAGGAGGACACCAAUAAGUCAAAUGAUUCCUGCAGCUUUGAACUUGUGGAAAACAUUCCAUAUGACUUAGCUUUUGAAAUAAAUAGUACCGCGGCCAAACCCUUGUACCAAGCCUGGAUGAGACUCCUUGAUAUGGCCCAGGAAAAAAUUCAUGUGGCUUCUUACUAUUGGUCUCUUACUGGGAAGGAUAUCAGUGUCAAUGAUUCAUCUUCCAAGCAGGGUGAAGAUAUUCUGAAGAGGUUUGAGAGAUUACUCGCAGAGAAUGUCUCUGUGUAUGUUGCAGCAAGUGUACCAACUUUGGCUACAAAUUCAACUGACCUUGAGUUUCUAGAAGAAAAAGGGGCUCAUGUAAAGAAGAUCAAUUUUGGACAUUUGGCAGGAGGAGUGUUGCAUAGCAAAUUCUGGAUUGUAGACAUGAAACACAUAUAUAUCGGUAGUGCGAAUAUGGACUGGAGAUCUUUAUCUCAGGUGAAAGAGUUUGGUGUUGUGAUAUACAACUGCAGCUGCUUGGCCAAAGACCUCUGGAAAACAUUUAGCACUUACUGGGAUCUUGGAUAUGCUAAUGCCACUGUCCCAUUUCCUUGGUCUUUUAAUUAUUCUACUCACAUUAACAAGCAUCGGCCUCUGGAAGUAGAAUUUAAUGGAACCUUGACAAAAGCCUACUUUUCUGCUUCUCCUCCAGCAUUUUGUCCAGAAGGUCGAACCUAUGACCUCUUUGCUAUAAUCAGUAUUAUCAGUGAGGCACAGGAAUUUGUCUAUGUUUCUGUUAUGGAAUAUUUCCCUACCAGCCGUUUCGUUCAUCCACAAAGGUACUGGCCAGCCAUCGACAAUGCUUUGAGACGUGCGGCUUUCAACCACAGAGUACAAAUCCGGCUUCUGGUCAGCUGCUGGACCUACACUGACCCAGCCAUGCUCUACUACCUUAGGUCCCUGCGUGCUCUCAACAACCCACAAGCCCACAUCAGUGUUGACGUGAAACUCUUCAUUGUUCCAGUUCUGAAUCACACAAAUAUUCCUCAUGGGAGGGUGAAUCACAACAAAUAUAUGGUCACUGAUAAAGUAGCCUAUAUUGGGACUUCCAAUUGGUCAGAAGAUUACUUCGUUAGUACAGCUGGCGUGGGACUAAUUAUCAAACAGAAUUUGACCAACCUGCAAAGAAGGCAACUGCCUAUCCAGGAACAAUUAAAAAACCUUUUUGAACGAGAUUGGAAUUCCAAAUAUGCAGUGAACUUGGAAGAUGUACAGGGAUAUAAAGACUGUAACUGGAUGUGCAGAAUCUGAAAUGAAUUGAAAAACACAAUUUAAAUAGUAACAAAAAUAUAUUUGAAUUUUGUUUCCUGUGUAAAACAAAGAGGGUUCUUCUUUGUCUUUAUCAGAAAAGUUGUUUCUCAUGGUGUGCACACUAUGUGAUGGUGCAAGAACUUCUCAAAAUUGAGUCUAUCUGCAAUGUCUUUAGUCAGUGUGUGACAUUUCCUUUUUUGUGCGAUUACCUCAUCCCAUAGUCAAUGAAACGCAUGCGGUGUUAUGUGACAAGCUGAUUGAUAUUAAAGCAAACAUGAAAGAUACAACUGGAUUUUAAUACAUCAGAGAUACAGAUCAUUAUUGCUGUGCUAUUUUCUCUUAGGAAGCUAAUAUUUCAACUUUAAUGUUCCAUUAAUAGUGUUUGCUUACAUGCGUUUAAGUUUUUUCUUAAUAACCCCCUGGCCACUUUAAGAUUUGAGACGUGUAAGUGAGGGCACGGUUUU